AUGACGUUGGGACUGGUAAACGCGAAUCCAGUAGUGCAAGCUAAGAAGGAACGUAUCGCUCGUACACUAAAUCAAUACAAAGAUGAUGGCCUUGAUCCUCUCGACAUCUAUGAUAUCCUUUCUUCUUUUUUAAACAUAAGAGAUCCGGAACACCCUUAUUCCUUGGAACAACUAAGUGUUCUGUCUGAAGAUUCCAUCACUCUCGACGACAAUCUCAAUCGCAUCCUGAUAACGUUUACACCGACGAUCCAGCAUUGUAGUAUGGCAACUAUAAUUGGUCUGUGUUUGAGAGCUAAGCUUAAAGAAUGCUUGCCACUCCAUUAUAAGGUUGAUAUCAGAGUGUCUCCUGGUUCUCACGCUGAUGAAGCUUCAGGUAAGGAAGUUAUAUAGCUAUCCACUAGUUUAAGACACCUUAAGUCAUGUGUGCUCUCCUUUUAAACUUCGGCAACUGUAGAGCUUGCAAGAGCUGGAUGAUAUGUUUAUUUCAUAAACUAUGGUUUUUUUGUUAGUAAAGAGUUAAGACUAUAUUUCAACUUUGUAUUCUGUGAAAGUUGAUGUCUUUUUCUCUGAAUUUUAAUGCAUUACUGACAUUUUUUGGUGUUGUUGCAGUCAAUAAACAGCUGAAUGAUAAAGAAAGAGUGAUAGCUGCAUUGGAGAAUCCUAAUCUCCGUCAGCUUGUAGAUGAGUGUAUCCACUCCACUGAGAUGUGAACCAGAGCGUUUUUACUUUCACUCUCUUGUACAAAUUUCAUGUUCAGGAUUAUAUCGUAUGACUAAGAGACCAGACCGCCUUUUGUAUUGCUAAUGUUACAUUUUGGGUUAGUUGAAUGUUGUAUACUGCUUUGGUAAUGAUACAAAACCUUUUAGUCUACUA